AUGAGCAACAAUUCACAAAAUGUCGAAACGAGCAAACCACUAUCACCGUGGCGACAACAGCAACCCCUUACAUCAAUCCAGAAUGUAAGAAAAGAGCCGUGUCCGGCUGAGACUAAACACGAAAAAAGAUUUCAGACAGGAAGACCCACGCCUUGCAUCCUCCUCUGCCGUGUCUGGCACCGAAUUGGACACCGAACCCGUCUCCAGACAUUUCAGUAACAAGUGAGGUAGAUGCCAGCGAAGAGAACCCCGAAUACGUUCUUCAAACCGAAAUAAAUGCUCAUUUCAAAUCUAUUUCAUCGAUUAAAUUCUCGCCUUGCGGAGUCUAUCUGGCAACCGCGUCAGCAGACAAACUCAUCAAAAUAUGGGAUUUGGACCAAAGUACAACUUAUCCAAUCAAGAGAGUAAGCUGUUCCUCCGUCCCUUCGAAACAUCUCGUCUUUUUCUCAGAUUGCUGUUCACAACACUGGCAUAAACGAUCUUGCCUGGUGCGGAUGCAGCCGUUUCAUCGCUUCCGCUUCCGACGACAAAACUGUCAGAAUAACGAAUGUCAAAGAAGAAAAUCGUGUCACAAUACUCCGAGGGCACACGAACUACGUGCUCACCUGCUCUUACAACCGGUCGUCCACGAUGCUGGCGUCCGGAAGCUACGAUGGGACUGCCCGCACUUGGGACGUGAAAACGGGCGCCUGCUUGAGAGUUCUGCAGCACAUGGACGCCGUCAGUUGCGUGGCAUUCAGUUACAAAGGAGACACCCUAGCUACCACUUGUUACGACCGACGCAUCCGUAUUUGGGAUUGUGAAAGCGGAGCUCCCAUCGAUGGUUUUGCGGAAGAAUAUCCAAUUGUAUUCGUCAAGUACACACCAAAUGGAAGGUACCUCCUGACUGCCAGUCUGGACGAGUAAGAAGCAUUUCUUAUCAGUUCGAACUCGCAAUUUUCGUUUUCAGCACGUUGCGAUUGUAUAGCAUUGUUCUGAGAAAACAAGUAAAGGUAUAUAAAGGUCAUAUCAGCAGACAGGACGCCAUAUUCGCUGAUUUGUCGGUGGUUGGAAAGCAUGUAAGUUCUGGAUAUCACUUCAGCGGCUAACACAGUUUUUUUAGCAUCUUGUCUGCGGCUCGGAAGACGGAAAAGUCUAUGUUUGGGAUAUUCAAAGCAGAAAAGUGCUGCAAGUGCUCGGAAGGCAUGCGACUUCAGUUAUAGCAGUGAGCUGCAAUCCUACUCGAAAACUGCUCGCCACCGCAAGCCUCGAGCCCGAUCACAAACUCAGAAUCUGGAAAUCUGUCACAUAA